AUGACCGAUCGGCAGUACGCGACGACAAGGCCCGCCUUCGCCCCCACCUCCAUCCUCCACAAGCUCAGGGCCCACGCCCCCAACUCUGCCCAGCUCGUCGGCCUCGCCACCCUCGUCAUCUCCGGCGGCAUCCUCCUCCUCCUCUCCGGCCUCACCCUCACCGCCACCGUCCUCGUCCUCAUCUUCUUCGCGCCCCUCAUCAUCAUCUCCAGCCCCAUAUGGCUCCCAAUUGGCUUCCUCAUCUUCGUCACCAUCUCCGGCCUCCUAUCCUUCAUCGGCUUCGGUGUUGCCGUUGUUGCAGCGGUUUCCUGGAUUUACCGCUAUUUUAGGGGGCUCCACCCGACCGGUUCGGACCGGUUUGAUUACGCGAGGACCAGGCUUGCCGACACGGCUGGGCAUGUGAAGGAUUAUGCCAGGGAGUAUGGCGGGUAUUUGCAGAGUAAGGUCAAGGAUGCUGCGCCUAGUGCGUAA